AUGACAACAACAUCAGAGCUCGACCAGGAUAUUUGGCGGUCUCGAAAGAUCGUAAAAGUGCACGAGGUCUGGACCGUCGAAGGACGGCCGAGGACUGAGUACAAGCUAUUACGUAUGGAACAGCCGUCCAACAUACCUGGCAAGACUUUCAUUGCUGUGUUGAUCACCAUUCCUCCCAAGGCAGCCACUCCACCUCAUACGCACAACGGCGCUGCCAUCUAUGCUCAAGUGAUCAAAGGCAAAGUCAUCAGCCAGAUGAUUCAUCAGCAUACUGUCACGAGGCCAGAUGGCAGCGUCGAGACUGAAGACCCCGAUAGUGGCGUUGGAGUGUAUGAACAGGGCCAUAUGUGGUAUGAGGCACCAGGCUGUCGCCACGUUCGGGCGGAGAACGCCAGUGAUGUAGAAGAAGCGGCAUUCUACGCCAACUUCAUAAUCGAUUCCGAGAAGCUGGCCGGAGUCGAAGAGACAGACAUCGGAUCUGUUUUGACGAUACUGGACGUUGAUGAAAGGUCGCCAUACUACGGAAGUACUCAAAUAUCCUGA